AGGUAACACACUCCACCUCUCUUGACAGUUCAGUUCUCGUCGCUCUACUCAAGAAUCGUACGGUUCACAGUUCAGAUUAGAAACUUAGAAAUGUUUCCGAUGGUUUGCCAAAUUUAAAUUUUAAAUUUCAAAUUCAGAAAAAAAAUUUAUUCCUCCAUAAAACGAAAAAGGACACUCUCAGUCAUUCCCCAAAAUUCUUCCCCGCCAAAAUGAGAAUCGCAGAGCUUUCACCAGAUCUUCGUCAAACCGAAACCCUUACAGAAAUACUCGAGGAAAUUGAAUCUUCAGUCAAAGAAUUUGAACGAAUAGUCUCUACUGAAAAUCCAUCAAAAGAGACAACAAAUUUCUGCUCAAAACUUCAAAAAGGCUUUUCUCGAUUAAAUUCACAAUCUCCAUUAUCGAAAUCUAAUAAGCUUCAGAUUUGGAAACUGAGUUUUCGGUUAUGGAAUGCUUGUGUAGAUCUUUCAAAUCUAACACCUGCUUGUGGAAAUAGAUCAGUACCUGUAGAUCAUGUAAAACUUCGUCAGAUUUCUGCAGAUCUCCUCUUUUUUGCUGGAGAAGUACCUGAAAUUCCAUCAUCAGAUUUCAAAGCUGCUUCGUUCUUCUACAAAACUGGUUUGCUUUGGCAUGGUUUGAAGAAAUUUGAUCUCGCUGCGGUUUGUUUCGAAAAAGCUACGGAUUUAACAUCGAAAAUUGAGGUUAGUGAAAUAACAGAUCCUGGUGAGAGAAAACUUCUUUUGGAUUUGAACCUAGCUAGAUCGACAUCUGCUUGGGAUGUUUCAGAGAGAAAUCUCGCUCUUACUUUACUUAGUCGAUCUAAAAACUUGUUAUUUGGAUGUCCAGAAAGUUAUAGAGCCUUAGCAAAUCAGUAUUUGAUAUUUGGAAAACUUUGUUUGUCUAGUAAUAGUCAGACAUCUACAGUUAAUGAAGCUUUGAAGUUAAUGAAUGAAAGUUUAGAUUUAUGUGAUAAGGGAUUGAGAAGUUGUAAAAGAGGAGAUGAAAACCUAGAAUUGAAAACUUUGAGAUCUAAAUCAUUAAGAUUUAUGGCAGCUGCUAAUUUACAGUGUGAAGACUAUGAGAGUGUUUUGAAAUGUAUCAGAGUUUUGAGAGAGAGUUCUGGUGGUGGUGGAGAACAGCAUCCAUGUUUGCCUGUUUUGGCAAUGAAAUCUUGGUUAGGGUUAGGAAAGCACAGGGAAGCAGAGAAAGAGUUGAGAGGGAUGGUACUAAACAAGGGGAUUCCAGAAAGUGUUUGGUUGUCUUCUGUGGAAGCGUAUUUUCAAGCUACAGGAGUGGCCGGGGCUGAUACAACUAAAGGAGUUUUUCUAGGGCUGUUGGGGAGGUGUCAUGUAAGUCCUAAAGCAGCAGUUAGGGUGGCUCAGGUGGUUGUUGGUAGUGGUGAGGGUUUCCGAUUGAGAGCAAAAGUGGUAGCUGAGCUCGUCUCAGACGAAAGAGUGGUGGCACUUUUCAACGAAGAAACAGCAGCUAAUGAAAGAACAUCGAUGCAUACUGUUUUGUGGAACUGUGGAGCAGAACAUUUCAGGUUGAAGGACUACGAGACUGGUGCAGAAUUGUUUGAGAAAUCAAUGCUUUAUGUGCCCCACAAUGUAGAGAAUAAGAUUCUUCGAGCAAAAUGUUUUAGAGUGUUGAGUCUCUGUCACCUAGCUCUCUUGCAGUUUGAUAGAGCUCAAGAAUACAUCACUGAAAGCGAAAAACUUCAGCCGAAUAUAACAUGUGCCUUCCUUAAGUUCAAGAUCUACCUUCAAAAGAAUGAGGAAAUAGGAGCCAUUGCACAGAUUCAAGCCAUGGCAUCCUGCCUUGACUUCAACCCCGACUUCUACUUCCUCGCAGCUCAUGAGGCCAUUGCUUGCCAUGCUCUACCUGUUGCUAUUGCUUCUCUCUCCGUGCUCCUUGGCGUAUACUCUCAUGGAAAACCAAUGUCAACUCCGGAGGGGGUAGUGCUCCGAACCCUACUCACACUCCUCUCUCGGGAUAUGGUAGAGGAGACAGAAGUUCUGAAGUUUACGAAGCAUGCUCACAUUCGCAUGAAAGAGAUUGGCCCUGAGAACUUCUUAGGAAAAGGAGAGGUCGGGAGGCGCGAACGGAAUUGGUUUGCAUGGAAUUCAUGGAAUAAUGGAACACGAAUGGGGAAAGAGAAGAAAUACAAACUAUGUGCAGAAUUUCUGGAGCUGGCAUCGGAAUUCUAUGGUGCUAGGAUUGACGGUGAUGAAGUAGAAGAUCACCGUCCCAUGAUCUGCAAGUCGUUGAUUCUAAGUGUAUCAGCCAAUAUUGCAGCAGAGAAGCAAAGUGGCGUUGCACUGAAGGAGUCUGACUUGAAGCAAGCUGGGCAACUGUUGGACAGAGUUGGUAAGAUGCUGCCUGGAAUGCAGCUCAGCGAUGACUGUCAAUCCGUUGAUUCAAGCCUCCACUUCAUGUACACUCUCAAUGCUUAUAAUCUACAGGCUAGGCUUGAUAAUUCUAGAUCUCAACAGCUUCUUUUGGUAAAGAACUUUGCAUCUUCAAAGAUGUGUACACCCCAGUAUCUCCUCCAAAUUGGUCUCAAUGCUGCACAGGAUGGUCAACAUUCCAACUUAGAAGUUUCUGAUUAUGCUCUCAACACAUGCCUCUCAUCUCUUCUCAACUCCCCUUCUCCAGAUUAUCAAAAAGUUGCCCUUGUACUUCGGAAACUAAUUGGAAUAGCUGGAUUCCUAAAAGGCAAUGCAGAUGAUGAUGUAUACAACGUGUACAAGCAAGCCUAUAGGAUUAUGAUAGGGUUGAAAGUGGGUGAGUAUCCAACUGAAGAGGGGAAAUGGUUAGCUGUGACAGCAUGGAAUCGUGCAGACAUGCCAGUCCGACUUGGGCAGGUUGUUAUUGCAAGAAGAUGGAUGACAAUUGGGUUGGACCUGGCCCAGCACGUACAAGGGCUGCUGGGAUACAAGGGUACUAUGGAGGAUUUUCUUGCAGAGUUUGAUAAGAAAUUUAAUGGCCUUGAUGACUAUGAGUAUGCUGAUAGUGAUAAUAGAAGUACUGUCACAGAAGUGUAAGAUUGUGGCUGGUGUUAUAGAGAGUUUUUGCAGCAUCGUUGAAUGCUUACUAAGUCCAGGAAGCAUGUUCAGUUCCAUGACUCGCUCAUCUGGCAAGACCCACUUCAAUAUGCUGUGCUUCUUUUUAGCCAGUAACUUACAUUAACGGUAAGCUAGAGCGACACAUAACUUUUGGGGUUAUGAAAAUGUGUUAAUGUUGUAGUAGAAUAAUAGGGGGAAAAGGAAGAGGCGGAGAAGAUAAGGAUUUUUAUUGAUUAGCCUAUCACAUAAGUAAAGUAUCCUUUAUAUACAUGUAAGAGAAAAAAUUUAGGCUUCUAGUUGGGCGGCACACCCAUGGGCCGUAGGCCCUACAACACCCCCCUUGUGUGGUCCAAUAGAACUCCGUUUGUAGUGCUUCAUGUAUAGUGCUUCAAAUGUAGGUCUUCAAAUGUCGUCCUCUUCUUCAUGACUUGUGAUGAAAUCAAUCGCAUCCUUAAAACUUUGACAA